UUGGUACUAAGGGUACAGUUCACCGCUCUAAGCAUCCCUGAACACACCACAACAACAAACCUCAGAAAUGGCAUUCAAGUUGGUAGUACUCUCUUGCUUCCUGGCCCUCGCUCACGGUAGUGGGGUGCCCGCAGCUAUCGCUGCUGCUCCCGUGGCCUAUGCUGCCCCCGUGGCCGCAGCUAGGCUGGAGGAGUUCGACCCCCUCCCGCAGUACAACUUUGGAUACAACGUGGCUGACUCUCUCACCGGUGACUACAAGAGCCAGAGCGAGCAGCGCAAUGGGGACCUGGUCCAGGGUCAAUACUCUCUGGUGGACUCUGACGGCACUCGCCGAGUGGUCGACUACACUGCUGACUCAGUGAACGGUUUCAAUGCGGUGGUGCGCAAGGAGCCCCUUGUCGCGGCUGCGCCUGCCGUCGUUGCUGAACCCGCUGUUGUCGCUGAGCCCGCUGUUGUGGCUGCUCGCUACGCCGCUGCACCUGUAGCCGCUCCCGUAGCUGUUGCUCGCUAUGCCACCGCUCCCGUCGCUGCCCCAGUCGUAGCUGCCCGCUACGCUGCUGCCCCAGUAGCCGCUCCCGUCGUAGCUGCCCGCUACGCUGCCGCCCCCGUAGCCGCUCCCGUUGUAGCUGCCCGCUAUGCUGCUGCUCCUGUAGCUGCCCCAGUCGUAGCAGCUCGCUACGCUGCCGCCCCUGUAGCUGCUCCCAUCGUAGCCGCUCGCUACGCGGCCGCUGCCCCAGUCGCCGCUCCCGUGGUAGCUGCCCGCUACGCCGCCGCCCCUGUAGCUGCUGCCUACAGAGCUGCCUAUCCCGCUCCAGUGUCUGCCGCUUACGCGGCCUACUCAGCUCCAGUAGCGGCUGCGUACACAGCUGCGUGGUAGAUCAUGACCAAACCCUCAUAAACCGACGAUAGCAAACCUCUAAAGACUUGAAUUGUACAUACUACUAGUUUUAGACAGUUU